AUGACUAAUAAGCUAGAUCGCAAUGCCCCACGUCAACAGUCUAUGAGCUCUGAAAGCAACACUUCUGAGACUAAAAUCAAUCUAUCUGGUCCUAACAAGUAUAGGCAAUGGCUGUACGGUGUCGAGACAGCUGCUGAAUAUGCUGAUGAAUAUAUGAGCGAAUUAGUGCAUACCGGAGAUAUCCACUCAAUGAAAAUGGAUUACAAUCUCAGUGCGAAUGAUGAAAGUUUUGUCAAGACCAUAUUCAAUAGUUUCCUGGUCAAGCUUUAUGAGAAAACUAUUGUUGGUGAAGCUGCAUACGAAAUGAACUGGAUAUGUGAUGAUUCACCUGGAAGGGUCUCUGCUUAUGACAUCUUUUCGUACUUCAAAGAAAACUAUAAUGAAGUCACUAUUGGAUCCAGGCUUACUCUUAUAGAGGAUUUACCAAAUAUAUCUUCUAAGUCUGUAGAUAAAAUCGUUUUCUAUUUGAAAACUCUUUUCACAAUGCUGGAAGACAGCAGUGAGGAACAGGACAGAAAGAAACAACGUGAUACAAAUAUUGCAUUGCUAUUGAUGGCUUUCCUACCUCAACUAAAAGAAUCUUUUCACGAGAAGUUCGGUGACUCCAAGUCUCUUCAACUAUCACAAGUCAUUAGAUUUUGUAAAUUAAAGACUUCAUCGGGCUCUUCCUCUUUAGUAUCCGACGCAUUGGUUGCGCAAGACAAAAGAAGUUAUCAAAAGAAAGGAAAUAAAGGAUGUCUGAUUUGUGGUGCCGACUGUCGCUUAAGCAACAGUUCUCUGCUUAAGAGAAGGCUCCCGGAAGCCAGAUCUUUAAGUUAUAUCCUAAUGACAAGUUAA